CGCCGCGAUGUCCGCGCUCCUCCUGGCCCUGGCGACGCUCUGGGGAUUACCGCCCGUCGCCGAGGCGCUGGCAGCGGGAGCCAGCGGAGAAGAACAUCAAUUAUGUGACGUAGGAGAGUUUCUGUGUCGUGAUCGCGUGACUUGUGUCUCCCAGCACUGGCUGUGUGAUGGAGAGCCUGAUUGUCCUGAUGAUUCAGAUGAGUCUUUAGACACAUGUCCCGAGGAAGCAAAUUUCAAGUGCAUCCCGAAUUACGUUGCCUGCAUCGGUACAAACAAAUGCAUUCACGUGUCCCAGCUCUGCAAUGGUGUUUAUGACUGUUCUGACGGGUAUGACGAGGGAGUACAUUGCCGGGAAUUGCUACCCAAAUGCCAACAGAUGAACUGCCAAUACAAAUGUGCCAUUACCAGGAAUGGCACCAGGUGUUACUGUGGCGAUGGAUAUGAAACAAGCAGCGAUGGAAGAAGCUGCACAGAUUUGAAUGAAUGUAAUACGUAUGGAAGCUGUAGCCAGAUGUGUGUAAAUACCGAUGGAUCAUACACUUGCAGCUGUGUGGAGGGUUAUGUACUUCAGCCUGAUAACAAAUCCUGCAAGGCCAAAAAUGAGCCUGCUGAUAGACCUCCUCUUCUUCUGAUUGCAAGCUCUGAAACAAUUGAGGUAUUAUACCUUAAUGGAAGCAAAAUGUCUGCCCGAACUCCUGUAAAAGGAUCUGCAAUUUUGACGCUAGACUAUAGCUACAAAGAGGACACAAUUUGUUGGAUUGAAUCAAGAGAUCUUUCAAGUCAGCUGAAGUGUACCAAAAUAACAAAAGCUGGGAAGUUAACAGAUGAGUGGAUAAUAAACAUUGCUCAGUAUCUUCACAAUGUACACCAAAUAGCAAUCGACUGGAUCACCGGAAAUUUUUACUUUGUGGAUCACGUCAGUGACAGGAUCUUUGUUUGCAACCAGAACGGAUCAGUGUGCAUUACCCUCAUCGAGCUGGAUCUUAAUAACCCUAAGGCCAUAGCUGUUGAUCCAACAUCAGGAAAGCUUUUCUUUACAGACUACGGGAAUGCUGCCAAGGUUGAGAGAUGUGACAUGGAUGGAAUGAACAGGACAUGGAUAGUAGACUCUAAAAUUGAACAGCCAACUGCUCUUGCACUAGACCUCGUCAAUAAAUAUGUGUACUGGGUUGACAUAUAUCUGGACAGUGUGGAAGUUGUUGACUAUCAAGGGAGAAAGAGGCAUACAAUAAUUAAAGGCAGACAAAUUAGGCAUCUUUGUGGUUUGGCAGUAUUUGAAAACUAUUUAUAUACAGUUAAUUCAGAUAACCUCAGCAUUUUACGAAUAAACAGAUACAAUGGCACCGAUGUUCAGUCUCUUGCUAGACUCGACAACGCUAAAGAGAUCCGUGUAUACCAGAAAAGAACUCAAACAGCAGUCAGAAGCCAUGCAUGUGAAGUGGACCCAUAUGGAAUGCCGGGGGGAUGUUCGCACAUCUGUCUGCUCAGCAGCAACUACAAAGCACGGACUUGUCGCUGUAGGACUGGCUUCAUCUUGGGGAGUGAUGGCAGGUCAUGCAAAAGACCAAAGAAUGAAUUGUUUCUUUUUUAUGGGAAGGGACGCCCAGGAAUAAUACGAGGAAUGGACCUGAAUACCAAAGUAUCUGAUGAAUACAUGAUCCCUAUAGAAAACUUGGUCAAUCCUCGUGCUCUGGACUUCCAUGCCGAAACCAAUUACAUUUACUUUGCUGAUACUACCAGUUUCCUAAUUGGACGACAGAAAAUUGAUGGCACAGAGCGAGAAACAAUCCUCAAAGAUGAUCUUGAUAAUGUAGAAGGCAUAGCAGUGGAUUGGAUUGGAAGUAAUCUUUAUUGGACAAACGAUGGCCACAGGAAAACGAUUGCUGUAGCCAGACUGGAAAAAGCUGCUCAGAGUAGAAAAACUUUGUUGGAGGGAGACAUGUCCCACCCUAGAGGAAUUGUUGUUGAUCCUGUCAAUGGCUGGAUGUAUUGGACAGACUGGGAAGAAGAUGAAAUAGAUGACAGUGUGGGAAGAAUUGAGAAGGCAUGGAUGGAUGGCUACAGUCGGCAGAUUUUUGUAACUUCAAAGAUGCUAUGGCCAAAUGGUUUAACUCUGGACUAUCAUGCCAAUGUAUUAUACUGGUGUGACGCCUAUUAUGAUCACAUUGAAAGGAUAUUUCUGAAUGGAACUGACAGAAAGGUAGUCUACAACGGAAAAGAUUUGAAUCAUCCUUUUGGACUAUCACAUCACGGAAAUUAUAUUUACUGGACAGAUUAUAUGAAUGGGUCAAUUUUCCAGUUGGAUCUUGUUACAAGGAAUGUGACACUGUUAAGAAGUGAGAGACCACCUUUGUUUGGGCUCCAGAUUUAUGAUCCACGUAAACAGCAAGGUGAUAAUGCAUGUCGUGUUAAUAACGGAGGCUGCAGCACUCUUUGUUUAGCCAUUCCUGGAGGCAGAGUUUGUGCCUGUGCUGAUAAUCAGCUUUUGGAGGAAAACAAUACAACCUGCAUGAUUAAACACGGAGAAGUGCUACCACAGUUGUGCAAAGCUGAACAGUUUCAGUGUAACAAUAAGCGCUGUAUCCAGGAUCGCUGGCGCUGUGAUGGGGAUGAUGACUGUCUGGAUGGCAGUGAUGAGCAUUCUGAAAUUUGCUUCAAUCAUAGUUGUCCUGAUGAUCAGUUUAAGUGCCAAAAUAAUCGCUGCAUUCCCAAGAGGUGGCUUUGUGACGGAGCUAAUGAUUGUGGUAAUAAUGAAGAUGAAUCAAAUAAAACCUGUGCAGCAAGAACGUGUCAGGUUGACCAAUUUGCUUGUGGGAAUGGACGCUGUAUUCCGACAUCAUGGCUGUGUGACAGGGAGGAUGACUGUGGAGAUGAAACCGAUGAAAUGACAUCCUGUGAAUUCCCAACGUGUGAGCCACUAACUCAAUUUAUAUGCAAAAAUGGAAGAUGCAUUAGCAGCAAAUGGCUCUGUGAUUCAGAUGACGACUGUGGUGAUGGAAGUGAUGAACUAGGCUGUAUUCACUCAUGUUCUGCUGAUCAAUUCAGAUGUUAUAAUGGUAGAUGUAUCCCAAGUCAUUGGGCGUGUGAUGGUGACAAUGACUGUGGAGAUUUCAGUGAUGAAACCAAAACAAACUGCAGCAAGGAAGAAACUCCAUCUCCUGGAAGAUGCAAUGGGAAGGAAUUUCAGUGCAGUCCUGAUGGGAACUGUGUUCCUGAGUUGUGGCGCUGUGAUGGAGAAAAGGACUGUGAAGAUGGUAGUGAUGAAAAAGGCUGUAAUGGAACUAUACGACUAUGUGAUGGAAAAACAAAGUUCUCCUGCAAGAGUACAGGGAGAUGCAUUAGCAAAGCGUGGCUAUGUGAUGGCGAUAUUGAUUGUGAGGAUCAGUCUGAUGAGGAUAAUUGCGAGGGCUAUAUGUGUGGACCACCAAAAUACCCUUGUGCUAAUGAUACCUCCAUCUGCCUACAGCCUGAGAAGCUCUGCAAUGGGAGAAGAGAUUGUCCUGAUGGAUCUGAUGAAGGCGAUCUGUGUGAUGAAUGUUCCCUUAACAAUGGUGGAUGUAGCCAUCAAUGUUCUGUGGUUCCUGGAGGAAGAAUUGUGUGCUCCUGCCCUGCAGGAUUCAGUCUUAGUAUAGACAACAAAACUUGUGAGAUUAUGGAUUACUGUACCAAGCACCUUAAGUGUAGUCAAGUAUGUGAACAGCAUAAAAAUACUGUCAAGUGCUCAUGUUACGAAGGCUGGAAGCUCAGUAAGGAUGGAGAAAAUUGUGUUAGUACUGAUCCAUUUGAGGCUUUCAUAAUUUUUUCUAUUCGACAUGAGAUCAGAAAAAUUGAUCUUCACAAACGUGACUACAGCCUCUUAGUUCCUGGUUUAAGAAAUACAAUAGCACUUGAUUUUCAUUUCAGUCACAGUUUACUGUACUGGACAGAUGUGGUAGAGGACAAAAUUUACAGAGGCAAGCUCUCUGAUACUGGAGGUGUUAGUGCCAUUGAGGUGGUAGUACAACAUGGUCUGGCCACACCUGAAGGUCUUACUGUAGAUUGGAUUGCAGGAAACAUAUACUGGAUAGACAGCAAUUUGGACCAAAUUGAAGUAGCAAAACUAGAUGGCACUUUGAGAGCAACCUUGAUAGCAGGAGCUAUGGAACAUCCAAGGGCUAUUGCUUUGGAUCCCAGAUAUGGAAUUCUGUUUUGGACAGACUGGGAUGCAAAUUUUCCUCGUAUUGAAUCCGCUUCCAUGAGUGGAGCGGAAAGAAAGAUCAUAUAUAAAGAUAUGGAUACUGGAGCCUGGCCUAAUGGCCUUACUGUAGAUCACUUUGAAAAAAGAAUAGUAUGGACAGAUGCCAGAUCGGAUGCCAUUUAUUCUGCAUUAUAUGAUGGAACCAGCAUGAUAGAGAUUAUACGGGGUCAUGAAUAUCUUUCUCACCCUUUUGCUGUUUCUUUGUAUGGGAGUGAAGUAUAUUGGACAGAUUGGCGGACCAAUACACUUGCAAAAGCCAAUAAAUGGACUGGCCAAAAUGUCAGUGUAAUACAAAAAACAAGUGCUCAGCCAUUUGAUCUUCAGAUAUAUCAUCCAAGUCGUCAACCACAAGCUUCCAAUCCGUGCGCUGCUAAUGAGGGCAGAGGUCCAUGUUCUCACAUGUGUCUGAUCAAUCACAACAGAAGUGCUGCAUGUGCCUGUCCACAUCUAAUGAAACUGUCUUUAGACAAGAAAACAUGUUACGAAAGGAAGAAAUUUCUUCUUUAUGCAAGGCGUUCAGAAAUAAGAGGGGUGGACAUAGAAAACCCAUACUUCAACUUCAUCACAGCCUUCACUGUUCCUGACAUUGAUGAUGUGACCGUCAUAGAUUUUGAUGCUGUUGAGGAACGCUUAUACUGGACUGAUGUGAAAACACAGACCAUCAAGCGUGCCUUCAUUAAUGGGACUGGCUUAGAAACCAUUAUUUCAAGAGAUAUUCAGAGUAUCAGAGGUCUUGCAGUGGAUUGGAUAUCACGUAAUUUAUACUGGAUUAGCUCAGAAUUUGAUGAAACACAAAUUAAUGUGGCACAUUUAGACGGUUCCUUGAAAACCUCAAUCAUCCAUGGAAUUGAUAAACCCCAGUGUCUUGCAGUUCACCCAGUAAAAGGUAAGCUCUACUGGACGGAUGGUAACACAAUUAACAUGGCAAACAUGGAUGGCAGCAACAGCAAAAUACUCUUUCAGAAUCAAAAAGAUCCUGUUGGUUUAUCAAUAGAUUAUGGGGAGAACAAACUUUACUGGAUCAGUUCAGGAAAUGGAACAAUAAAUAGAUGCAACUUGGAUGGUGGUAAUCUUGAAAUAAUAGAAUCAAUGAAAGAAGACUUAACAAAAGCCACAGCUUUAACCAUUAUGGAUAAAAAGCUUUGGUGGGCAGACCAGAACUUAGCUCAGAUUGGUACCUGUAACAAAAAAGACGGAAGAAACCCAACUGUCCUGCGAAACAAAACUUCAGGUGUUGUACAUAUGAAAGUGUAUGAUAAAGCAGCACAGCAAGGUAGCAAUUCCUGUCAGUUAAACAAUGGUGGAUGCUCCCAGCUUUGUUUACCAACAUCAGAAACCACCAGAACUUGUGUGUGUACAGUAGGCUACAACCUUCAAAAAAACCGCAUGGCAUGCAAAGGUAUUGAAUCAUUUCUUAUGUAUUCUGUUCAUGAAGGAAUUAGAGGAAUUCCUCUUGAUCCAAAUGAUAAAAUGGAUGCUUUAAUGCCUAUAUCUGGAACUUCAUUUGCUGUGGGCAUAGACUUCCAUGCAGGAAAUGAUACAAUCUAUUGGACAGACAUGGGUUUCAACAAAAUCAGCAGAUCUAAACGAGACCAAACAUGGAAAGAAGACAUUGUUACAAACGGUUUGGGAAGAGUCGAAGGCAUUGCAGUGGACUGGAUAGCAGGUAACAUAUAUUGGACGGAUCAUGGCUUCAACUUAAUUGAAGUUGCCAGGCUCAACGGCUCAUUCCGAUAUGUAAUUAUAUCCCAGGGUUUGGACCAGCCAAGAUCUAUUGCGGUACACCCAGAAAAAGGGUAUUUAUUUUGGACAGAGUGGGGACAGACUCCUUGCAUAGGCAAGGCACACUUAGAUGGGUCUGAGAAGGUUGUGCUUGUGAGCCUGGGGAUUGCGUGGCCUAAUGGGAUUUCCAUCGACUAUGAGGAAAAUAAAUUAUAUUGGUGUGAUGCUCGUACCGACAAGAUAGAAAGAAUUGACCUUGAGAGUGGAGGGAAUCGGGAGAUUGUGCUGUCAGGGAGCAAUGUGGAUAUGUUUUCAGUCGCGGUGUUUGGAGCUUACAUCUACUGGUCUGACAGAGCACAUGCAAAUGGCUCUAUUAGAAGAGGCCACAAGAAUGAGGCCACGGAUGCUGUGACCAUGAGGACUGGCCUUGGAAUAAACCUGAAGGAAGUGAAAGUCUUUAAUAGAGCACGAGAGAAAGGUACUAAUGUUUGUGCCAAGAAUAAUGGUGGAUGUCAUCAACUUUGCCUUUAUCGGGGAAAUGCACGGAGAACAUGUGCUUGUGCACAUGGCUAUAUUGCAGAAGAUGGAAUUACUUGCCUGAGACAUGAAGGUUACCUUUUGUACUCAGGAAGGACAAUAUUAAAAAGUAUACAUCUUUCAGAUGAAACCAACUUAAAUUCACCAGUAAGGCCAUAUGAAAAUCCAGAGUACUUCAAAAAUGUGAUAGCUCUUGCUUUUGACUACAGUCUGAAAGGAAGAGGUACGAAUCGCAUAUUCUUCAGUGAUGCCCACUUUGGAAAUAUACAAGUUAUUAAAGACAACUGGGCUGGCAGAAAAGUGCUAAUUGAAAAUGUUGGGUCAGUGGAGGGACUUGCUUAUCAUAGAGCUUGGGACACUCUCUAUUGGACCAGUUCAACCACAUCCUCAAUCACAAGACACACUGUUGACCAGAGACGUCGAGGAGCUUUCAACCGGGAAGCAGUAAUAACAAUGUCUGAAGAUGAUCAUCCACAUGUGUUAGCUCUAGACGAAUGUCAAAACUUAAUGUUUUGGACUAACUGGAAUGAGCAGCUCCCAAGCAUCAUGAGAUCUACCCUCUCGGGCAAAAAUGCACAGGUUAUCAUUAGUACAGAUAUUCUGACACCAAAUGGACUUACCAUUGAUCAUAGGGCAGAGAAACUUUACUUUUCAGAUGGCAGCUUGGGAAAAAUUGAGAGGUGUGAAUAUGAUGGAUCACAAAGAUAUGUAAUUGUCAAAUCUGGACCAGGUACCUUUCUCAGCCUGGCUGUAUAUGAUGACUAUAUCUUCUGGUCAGAUGGAGUGAGGAGAGCUAUUCUGCGUUCCAGUAAAUAUACAGGAGGAGAUACAAAAGUUCUUCGUUCUGAUAUCCCGCAUCAGCCAAUGGGCAUUAUUGCUGUUGCCAAUGAUACUAACAGUUGUGAGUUAUCUCCUUGUGCACAAAUGAAUGGAGGUUGUCAUGAUUUAUGCCUUCUGACUCCUGACGGACGAGUGAACUGCUCAUGUAGAGGGGAUAGAAUACUGAUAGAUGAUAACAGAUGUGUGACUAAGAAUUCUACUUGCAACAUUUAUUCAGAGUUUGAAUGUGGAAAUGGUGAAUGCAUUGAUUAUCAGCUGACUUGUGAUGGCAUCGCUCAUUGUAAGGACAAGUCUGAUGAGAAACUUUUCUACUGUGAAAAUAGAGGCUGUCGGAAGGGUUUCAAGCCAUGUUCUAAUCGUCGCUGUGUUUCAAGUAACAAAGUAUGUGAUGGUGCAAACGACUGUGGUGACAACUCUGAUGAAUUUGACUGUAAAGAUUCAACGUGUGCUUCAACAGAAUUCCGUUGUGCAGAUGGGAUUUGCAUUGGAAAAUCAGCACAGUGCAACCAGAUCAUUGAUUGUACAGAUGCUUCAGAUGAAAAGAACUGUAAUAAUACAAACUGUGCUUACUUCUAUAAACUUGGAAUAAAAUCUUCAGGAUUUAUUAGCUGUAAUUCAACUUCGCUUUGUAUACUGCCAGAAUGGAUAUGUGAUGGAUCUAAUGACUGUGGAGAUUACACAGAUGAACUAAAAUGCCCAGUUCAAAACAAACCCACAUGUGAAGAAAAUUAUUUUGGUUGUCCUAGUGGAAGAUGUAUUCUGACCACCUGGCUUUGUGAUGGGCAGAAAGACUGUGAGGAUGGAGUAGAUGAAUUGCACUGUGAUUCGUCUUGUUCAUGGAAUCAAUUUGCUUGCUCUGCAAACAAAUGCAUCUCUAAGCAAUGGACUUGUGAUGGUGAGGAUGACUGUGGAGAUGGUUUAGAUGAGAGUGAUGCUAUUUGUGGUUCAGUGACCUGUGCAGCAGAUACGUUCAGUUGCUUAGGCUCCCAUGCCUGUGUUCCCCAACACUGGCUUUGUGACGGUGAAAGAGACUGUCCUAAUGGAAGUGACGAACUGUCGACAGCGGGCUGUGCUCCUAAUAACACUUGUGACGAGAAUGCUUUCAUGUGCCAUAACAAAGUCUGCAUUCCCAAACAGUUUGUAUGUGACCAUGAUGAUGACUGUGGAGAUGGAUCAGAUGAAUCUCUGGAAUGUGGGUAUCGUCACUGUCGUCCUGGAGAGUUCACUUGUGCUGAUGGAAGAUGCCUGUUAAAUUCCCAGUGGCAAUGUGACGGUGAUUUUGACUGCCCAGACCAUUCUGAUGAAGCACCUAUAAACAUAAAAUGCAAAAGUUCAGAGCAGUCAUGUAACAGCUCUUUUUUUAUGUGCAAAAAUGGCAAGUGUAUUCCUCAAAGUGAUAUUUGUGAUAACAAAGAAGAUUGUAGUGAUGGAUCUGAUGAGAAAAGCUGCCACAUUAAUGAAUGCCUCAGUAAGAAAGUUAGCGGCUGUUCUCAAGAUUGUCAGGAUCUUCCUGUUGGAUACAAGUGCAAAUGCUGGCCUGGAUUCCUGCUGAAGGAUGAUGGCAAAACAUGUAUAGAUAUUGAUGAAUGUUCAUCUGGAUUUCCCUGUAGCCAGCAAUGCAUCAAUACAUAUGGAACCUACAAAUGCCUGUGUGCAGAUGGGUAUGAAAUACAGCCUGAUAACCUAAAUGGCUGCAAAUCCCUUUCAGAUGAGGAACCUUUCUUAAUUCUGGCUGAUCAUCAUGAAAUAAGAAAAAUUAGCACUGAUGGAUCCAACUACACUUUGUUGAAACAGGGGCUGAACAAUGUGAUUGCAAUAGACUUCGACUAUAGAGAAGAGUUCAUCUAUUGGAUUGAUUCCAGCAGACCAAAUGGCAGUCGCAUAAACAGAAUGUGUUUAAACGGAAGUGACAUCAAGGUAGUCCACAAUACAGUUGUUCCCAAUGCACUGGCUGUUGACUGGAUUGGGAAGAAUCUCUAUUGGUCUGAUACUGAAAAGAGAAUUAUUGAGGUGUCUAAACUCAAUGGCUUAUACCCUACCGUCCUUGUGAACAAAAGAGUGAAGUUUCCUAGAGAUCUGGCCUUAGAUCCUCAAGCUGGAUACUUAUACUGGAUUGAUUGCUGUGAGUAUCCUCACAUUGGCCGUGUUGGUAUGGAUGGCUCCAGUCAAACAAUUGUGAUAGAAACACAGAUAUCUAGACCUAUGGCUCUUACAAUAGAUUAUGUCAACCACAGACUGUAUUGGGCUGAUGAAAAUCAUAUUGAGUUUUCUGACAUGGAUGGAUCUCAUAGACAUAAAGUCCCUAAUCAAGAUAUUCCAGGGGUGAUUGCACUAACGUUGUUUGAAGACUACAUCUACUGGACAGAUGGGAAAACCAAAUCACUCAGCCGUGCCCACAAAACCUCUGGAUCAGACAGACUGUCACUGAUAAACUCAUGGCAUACCAUAACAGACAUCCAGGUGUAUCAUUCUUAUAGGCAACCUGAUGUGUCUAAACAUCUGUGUACACUAAACAAUGGUGGUUGCAGUCAUUUAUGCCUUCUAGCCCCUGACAAGAUGUAUACUUGUGCCUGUCCCACUAACUUUUACCUUGCUGCGGAUAACAAGACAUGCUUAUCGAACUGCACUGCCAGUCAGUUCCGUUGCAAAACUGACAAAUGUAUUCCGUUUUGGUGGAAAUGUGACACUGUUGAUGACUGUGGAGAUGGCUCUGACGAGCCUGAGGAAUGCCCUGAAUUCAGAUGUCAGCCAGGACGUUUUCAGUGCGGAACUGGACUUUGUGCUCUUCCAGCCUUUAUCUGUGAUGGAGAGAAUGAUUGUGGGGACAAUUCUGAUGAACUGAACUGUGACACACAUGUGUGUCUGUCAGGUCAGUUCAAGUGCACAAAGAAUCAGAAGUGUAUUCCAAUAAAUCUGAGAUGCAAUGGACAGGAUGACUGUGGUGAUGAAGAAGAUGAAAGAGACUGUCCUGAAAACAGUUGUUCUCCAGACCAUUUCCAGUGUAAAACAACAAAACACUGCAUUUCUAAACUGUGGGUGUGUGAUGAAGACCCAGAUUGUGCUGAUGGAUCAGAUGAAGCUAACUGUGAUAAAAAAACUUGUGGGCCUCAUGAAUUCCAGUGCAAAAACAACAACUGUAUUCCAGAUCAUUGGAGAUGUGACAGCCAAAACGAUUGUGGUGAUAAUUCUGAUGAAGAAAACUGUAAGCCUCAAACAUGCACUUUGAAAGACUUUCUUUGUGCAAAUGGAGACUGUGUUUCAGCAAGAUUCUGGUGUGAUGGAGACUAUGACUGUGCAGAUGGCUCAGAUGAGAGGUAUUGUGAGACAGGCUGUUCAAGAGAUCAGUUCCAGUGUUCCAAUGGUCAGUGCAUAUCAGUGAAAUGGAAAUGUGAUGGUCAUGAAGACUGCAAACUUGGAGAUGACGAGAAAAAUUGUGAACCAGCAUCUCCAACCUGCUCUUCAAGUGAGUACGUGUGUGCAAGUGGAGGCUGUAUUUCGGCAUCUUUGAAAUGUAAUGGAGAGUAUGACUGUGCUGAUGGAUCUGAUGAGAUGGAUUGUGUAACAGAAUGUAAAGAAGAUCAGUUUCGAUGCAAAAAUAAGGCCUACUGUAUCCCUGUCAGAUGGCUUUGUGAUGGGAUCCAUGACUGUGUGGAUGGCAGUGAUGAAGAAAACUGUGACCAAGGGGGAAAUAUAUGUAGAGCUGAUGAAUUUUUGUGCAACAAUUCCCUCUGCAAGCUACAUUUUUGGGUUUGUGAUGGUGAGGAUGACUGUGGAGAUAACUCUGAUGAAGUUGCUGAAAUGUGUGUAAAGUUUCCAUGCCCUCCAACAAGGCCAUACAGAUGUAGAAACAACAGGGUUUGUCUGCGACCUGAGCAGAUUUGCAAUGAGGUUGAUGACUGUGGUGAUAACUCGGAUGAAGAUCACUGCGAUAAAGUCACCUAUAAAGCAAGACCAUGUAAAAAAGAUGAGUUUGCUUGUAAUGAUAAGAAAUGUAUUCCAAUGGAGCUACAGUGCGAUUGGUUUGAUGACUGUGGAGAUGGUUCAGAUGAGCAAGACUGCAAAAUAAGUGUCACUGAAUAUACAUGUGAAGAUAAUGUGAAUCCUUGUGGAGAUGAUGCAUACUGUAAUCAAACAAAAACAUCCCUACUGUGUCAGUGUAAACCUGGAUUUCAGAGAAACAAGAGGAAUAGACAAUGUGAAGAUAUCAAUGAGUGUAUGGUAUUUGGUGCCUGCUCCCAACACUGCAAUAAUAUUAAGGGGUCAUACAAAUGUGCAUGCGAGAAAAAUUAUAAAGAGAGGAAUAACAGUUGCAUAGCAAAAGGCUCUGAAGAUCAAGUUCUGUAUGUUGCUAAUGACACUGACAUCCUGGGUUUUGCAUAUCCAUUCAACUACAGUGAUGUUCAUCAGCAAAUAUCACACAUUGAACAUAAUUCAAGGAUAACUGGAAUGGAUGCAUAUUUUCAAGGGGACAUGAUUGUUUGGAGUACUCAAUUUAAUCCAGGAGGGAUUUUCUACAGAAAACUUCACGACAGAGAGAGAAGGCAAAGUAACAGUGGUUUGAUAUGUCCAGAGUUCAAAAGACCUAGGGGCAUCGCUGUUGACUGGGUUGCUGGAAAUAUUUACUGGACUGAUCAUUCCAGAAUGCAUUGGUUCAGCUACUAUACAACUCAUUGGACUAGUCUGAGAUACUCCAUCAAUGUAGGUCAAUUGAAUGGACCUAACUGUACAAGACUCCUUACAAGCAUGGCAGGAGAACCAUACGCAAUCGCUGUAAAUCCUAAAAAGGGGAUGAUGUACUGGACAGUUAUUGGGGAUCGCUCUCACAUAGAGGAAUCGUCUAUGGAUGGUACUCUGAGAAGGAUAUUGGUUCAAAAGAAUUUACAAAGACCUACAGGUCUCGUAGUUGAUCAGUUCAGUCAGCGUUUGUUCUGGGCUGAUUUUGAAUUAUCUGUUAUUGGCAGCAUUCUUUUUGAUGGUUCAGAUUCAGUUGUGUCUGUGAGCACUAAACAAGGUUUACUGCAUCCACAUAGAAUUGACAUUUUUGAGGAUUACAUAUAUGGAGCAGGUCCUAAAAAUGGUGCAUUUAGAGUACACAAAUUUGGCAGGAGCCUUGUAGAAUAUCUAAGUGUGGAUGUUGAUAAAGCAAAAAGUGCCUUGAUUUUUCACCGCUACAAACAAAUGGACUUGCCUAAUCCAUGCUUGGACCUGACAUGCGAAUUCAUUUGUUUACUCAACCCUUCUGGUGCAACAUGCGCUUGUCCAGAAGGAAAAUCAUUGGUGAAUGGAACAUGCAUUGAUCAGAGCCUCUUAGAUGAUACCUGUAAAUUAACCUGUGAAAAUGGAGGAAAGUGCAUCAUAAACGAGAAGGGGGAUCCCCGUUGUCACUGCUGGCCAAGUUACUCCGGUGAAAGGUGUGAAACUAACCAUUGCUACAAUUACUGCCAGAAUGGAGGAACCUGUGGAGCCUCUCUCCUCGGGAGGCCUACCUGCAACUGUGCACUGGGUUUUACAGGACCAAACUGCAAUCAGACAGUCUGCGAUCAUUUUUGCCAGAACGGAGGAACCUGCAGUGUCACUGCUGGGAAUCAACCCUUUUGCAACUGCUUGCCUGAGUAUACAGGAGACAGAUGUCAGUAUUAUGUUUGCCACCAUUAUUGUGUGAAUUCUGAAUCAUGUACUAUUUCUGAUGAUGGAAGUGUAGAAUGUGUCUGUCCAGUACGAUUUGAAGGUCCAAAAUGUGAAGUGGACAAGUGUAUCAGAUGUCAUGGGGGACACUGCAUAAUAAACAAGGACAGUAAUGACAUAGUAUGCAAUUGCACUAAUGGAAAGAUUGCCUCUACCUGUCAGUUAUGUGAUGGCUACUGUUACAAUGGUGGUACAUGUCAACUGGACCCAGAGACAAAUAUACCUGUCUGUCUAUGUUCAGCCAACUGGUCAGGCACACAGUGUGAGAGGCCAGCUCCCAAAAGCAGCAAGUCUGACAAUAUCAGUACAAGAAGCAUUGCAAUCAUUGUUCCUCUUGUUUUACUGGUGACUUUGAUCACUACUCUGGUAAUUGGACUAUUUCUUUGCAAAAGGAAACGAAGGACAAAAACUAUCAGAAGACAACCCAUUAUAAAUGGAGGAAUCAAUGUAGAAAUUGGCAAUCCAUCAUAUAACAUGUAUGAGGUGGGCCAUGAUCACAGUGAAGGUGGUCUUUUAGCCUCAGAUUUUACUGUAAAUGCAGAAAAGGCCAGAUACAUAGGGGGAGGGCCCACUGCAUUCAAGCUUCCCCACACAGCUCCAUCAAUCUACCUAAACUCUGACUUGAAAGGACCACUAUCAACAGGGCCAACAAAUUACGCCAAUCCAGUAUAUGCAAAGUUAUACAUGGAUGGACAAAACUGUCGAAACUCCUUAGCAAGUGUUGAUGAAAGAAGAGAACUCCUUCCAAAGAAAAUAGAUAUUGGGAUAAGGGAGACUGUGGCAUAA